UAAUAUAAAAUAACUAAGCUUAUAUAAUUAUAUCACUUAAUGCUUUGCAAGUAACUUUGCAUAUAACAAUGUAGUAUUUGUUUUAUAAACUUGACAGGAAAUUUAUUUACGGUAGUGUGUUGAUAAUUUUGUUUGUGGAAAUAUCUAACAUGUAGUAUUAGAAGUGACGUGAUUGUUUUAUUGCUUCUCGAGAUUACAUGAAUUAUUCACUAUUCUUGAGAAUUGAAUGGUUACUGUGCACAUUUUUGAUAACCUUGAUUCUACUCCUAAACUGUGGUUCUGUUUACAUACACAGAUGAAAGAGGCCAAGAGCCUUUGACAUUGUUACUAAUAUUACAACUACUUCACACAUGCACAUAUACACACGUUUAUCAUGUAUGGGAUAAAUUAUCGGUUCUUCCAUCUUAUACACCUCAAAGAAGGAAUAAUACUUAGGAAAAAUAGAAAAAUAUGGCGAAAGCUGAAUUAUAUCAAUCUUAAUUUUAUAUUUAUAGCAUUAUAACCUAUUUAAAUAAAUUGAAUAUCUAUAAAAAUAAAUAAGUGCAAAAGUUGUAACUUACUGGCCCAUUAAUUUUAUUGCUAAUAAAUAUUUUUAGUUACUGUGACUAACGAAAAGCAUAUUAGUAAACCCUAGUAAAUGCAACACUGAUUAUAGGUCACUUAUAAAGCAAGAACAUUCAUUGACUCGGUUAUCAAAAACAAAAUAUUUAUUUUAGUGCACUUAAUACUAUUCAGGAAUAAUCAGUUUUAUUAUGAGUAGGAAUGUAAACAACUCGUAGUUCGUGUCCAGCACCUGUAAUUAUGUCCGAUAUUUUGCACUCUCCAGAAUAUAAGACUGUCCGUUGUCUAGCACCGUUAAACAUAAAUAUAAUGUGUGUGUGUUCGCUUAUUAUAUUGAUGUGUGUUUUGUAGAAUUGCCAUAAAGCACUGUUGGUAAUGUGAGGCAUGUUACUGUUGCACUCUCAAUGUUUCGUGGCAUCAAUUUAUCCUACCUUCACUAACACAUUCUAUUGUAUCCAUGUAUAUACAUGUAUAACUUCUCCAACAUGUGCACUACUGACAUCAUAAAUACGAAUCUUAGUGUAUCCAACAUUGAAAACAACAUCACCUAUUGAAAUUCCAUAAACAAAAACACAGGAUUACAGUUAUGGAAGUUUAUGACUCGGUUACAGUCAUUUGACACUAGAUUAGAGUUAAAUCUUUAGCAUUCCACACAACGCCAACAACGAAUAAGUCACCCACCCGCACCAGCACCACCAUCAAAGAAACUACACCAACAACGGUCACCACCACACCACCACCACCAGGCCUCCACACUCCAAACGUUGAAGCACACCUCCUUCAGGAUGGUGUGGCAGGGCUCGGGACCUUGGAGAAAGGUGCUGUGAGGGGCCGCGGAAGAGGACGUGGCAAAGCUAGUGGUGGACGUGGCAGGAAUCCUGAAGAAGCAGACGAUAGUAUACGCACGCUCAAAGGCAAGAUGGUUAACAGAUUUGUGGCAACUGAACUGAGGCAGAAAAGGAAACUAAUGGGCCACCUUGGAGGACCGGGAAAGGAGGAAGUCUACUGUGACAAGGACAGAGCGGCUGCGGUGGCCAUGGGAGACGAAGACAUUAAGACCUCACUCAAGGUGAAGCGGAAAAAGGAGCGGAAGCUAAUACAGCCUGAAGACACCUACUCCUCUGUCCAUCUGACGGAGGCUCAGCGAGCCAUCACUAUGGGAAAGGUGGAGACGGCACUAUCCUGUGCCCAGAAGGCGGUGGAGAGCGGAAGCGACCCGGCGUCCUUGGUGGUGCGAGGACGCUGCCACUUGUUACUAGGACACCUGCAGGAGGCACUCGAGGAUGCCAGAGAAGCACUCAAGAUGGAUCCUUCGCUUGUGAAGGCUGUGUUGGUUCAGGCUGAGUCUCUCUACGGAAUGGGAGAGUUCGAGAGAUCGCUGGUGCUGUUUCACCGCGGAGCUCGCAAAAGGCCUGACCUAACUUCCUUCACCCGCGGAAUCCAUAAGGCCAGGGAGGCCAUCAUUAACGCAAUCGGAGGAGACAAGUUUCCAGAAGCUGUGGAGUCAACUACUGGAAGGAGCAUGACUGAAGGAAGCGGCAGUUCGGGUCACUCCCACACCACAACAGUACCUACCAUUUCUUUUACCGACCCUAAGAGCGCUAAAGCUGCCUCAAAGCCCGACAAGACAACGAGGAAGGUGCUCUCAAGAACCUAGAGAAAUGCAUCCCUCACCUUCCUUCAGCUCCACCUGACUUGCUCGAUGAGUAUAAAGCCCUCAGGAAGCAGCUCUGUAAAGAAGAAACGUCUUCCUAGCCGCAGGGUGGAGGCUUCCAUAAAAAUAAUGGUAUAAAGCAC